AUGUCUUACCCCUCCCAGGAGGCUCUGGACCUCCGCAGGACUGGUCCUACCAGGCACCGCAAGUCGUUGUCCACAGGAGGAGGCAGGGCUUGGAGCCAAAGCGAGGAGACAUAUCUUGUCGAGACCCGCCUCCAGAAGAUGCCCUACAAGCAUAUCGCCGCCCGCCUGAACAAGACAGAGCUCGCAUGCCGCCUCCAUUACCACCAGAUCUCUCACGGCGCCAACCGUCGCCGCCGCAACCUCUCCUUCUCAGCAGUGCAGUUCGACCACAGCAGCCGUGCCCCCAGCACCGACCGACUGAGCCCCGUCUCCCAGCGUGACGAGGCCCCGAUGCCCAUGGCCGUCUCCGUCUCGGCCGUCGACCCCCAUUCCCCCCCUCGUCUCCCCAGCAUCAUGAGCGCCUCAAACUCCCCCCAGACCAACAAGACUCCCGCCAUUCUACCCAAGCCCAACCCUGAAGCUUCAGUCCCUCCAUCUUCCUAUCGUGCCUACAGCGAGGGUAUCCAUGCUCAGCAGCAGCAGCAGGCUCAGCUGAAGCAGCAUCAGCGUAUGGUCCUCCCAUCCAUGGACGCACCCAUGCUCAAGCUGGAUACCGCACUGCUCCCCUCCGCCUCCACCCCGCCCUCUGCCUCCCACGACUCUACGCACGUCGACCUCAUGCGUCUCCAGGCCGUGUACGAGGCCCAUCGCAACACUUUCUGGGCCUCCAUCGCCAGCGAGUACGGGUACAAUGCUGCCCCGUCUACCCUCGAGCAGGCGUGGAAGUCGGGCCGCUGCUGCCCCCCGCCUCAGAACAUGCACCACCAUAGCAACACUGGCCCCCUCACUCCGUUCGGUAGCCCUAUCGGUGACCACGGUCACGGAAGGUCCCAGUCCCAGGAGAGGGGUAGCCUGUCUUCUAUCCUCGGUCCUGAUGUGAGGUCUGCCAGGGAUCCUUGGGACAGGGACAUGAUUCGCAAGAUGGAGGUAAUCUAA